GGCUCCCAGAUGAUUCCGUUUUGGACUCUCGGAUUUGUUUGUUUAAUUAUUGACUUCAGCACUGCUCAUGAGCCUGCAGUUGGAGAAAAUGCAGCCUCCAAAAACCACUGUUCUCGAAAAGACUGCAAUGGAACACAGUAUGACAUCCAGGAGGCUGCUUGCUGUGAAAACAAACUUCAUCCAGGUUCAAAUCUGUUUUGUUGUGGAAAGGAGCCUUACAAUCCUGCUACAGCCACUUGUUGUAAAGUUCAACAUGGAAAGAUCCUCACAGCUAGUAUUACUCAGGGUCUGAGUGAGAAGGCGUCCAAGUGCUGUGACCUGAAGGCCUACAACCCAGUCAAUGAAAUAUGUUGUCAAUCAUCCAUCAUAUCAAAACCUGGACCAAUGGCUGAAUGCUGUGGUAAAGAUGUUUUUGAUAAGGACAAGCAGUUGUGUUGUGGUCCAGCUGAUAAUAAGACAAUUCUGGUGAGGAAUUCCCGUCACCAUGAGUGCUGCGGUCACAGCCAGUAUGACACUGAGACUCAGUGCUGCUGUUCAAAUGAGGAGAAGUUGGAGAUACAAUCGAAGGAUUCACCCUGCUGUGUCAGGAAUUUCACUCCAGGCCUUUCAAGUGGAAAUACCAACUUCAACAAACCAUCACCAAAGAAUGGAAGUUGUGGUCAAGGUAUGAAACAGAAGAUAUUCAAGCUCCAACCCAAAUGCACUGAACCAAACACACAUCUCUGUGGGUCGUCGUGUUACAAUCCAAAGCAAAAUCGCUGCUGUGAGAGUAACCACAAGCCUCACUCACUCGACAACUCAGGUCAAAGGAAGGCCACAGCUACAGUGUAUAACCCACAUACUCAGGUCUGCUGCGAUGGACGUGUAUCUCCGUGGAAGCCUUGGAUCGAUCAGUGCUGUGGAGAGACGCCGUAUGGCUCGGCACAACGUGGAGUUCUGUGUUGUAAUAAGAGCUUGUACGAGGGCAGAGAUGAUGGAGAGGAAUGUUCAGAGAUGGGUAUUCCUUACAACCCGGCUAAAGGGACCAUGUGUUGUUCUCAGUUUCAUGGCAGCCCAGGACAACACUGCUGUGGGACAGAAAUUUACCAGCCUCAUACUGAGAUCUGCUGCAAUGGACACAGGUGAUUGUGUGCAUGUGUUCUGUUUACUUGCUUUACAUUGGGUCAAAGGA